UUGCUCAGAAUGGAAGAAGCUGAAGACGGUAUCGCUGUGGUAGGCAUCGGAUGCAAUUUUCCAGGGGGAGAAGGGCUUGACAAUUUCUGGAAGGUCUUGGUGGAUGGGAGAAACUGCUCUGUGCCAAUUCCCAAAGAGAGAUUUGACUUGGCCAGCUGGUAUGAUCCUGAUGAAAACAAAGCGGGUAAAUCCCGCACGGCCAAGGCUGCUCUCAUCGACGGGUUCAAUGAAUUUGACCACAAGUUUUUCGGCAUCAGUGACAGUGAAGUGGAACAAAUGGACCCUCAACAAAAACAGCUCCUUCAGUGCGUCUACAGGGCGUUGGAGAAUGCUGGAAUUCCCAUGGAGACUGCCAGUGGGACCAGUACAGGAGUGUUUAUUGGCCUAAUGAACAGAGAUUAUGAGACAAAUGCUGCACACGUGCACCCAAGUGUGAUCAACCACUGGACUGGCACAGGGCUUGCCAUGAGUAUUGCAUCAAACAGAGUCUCCUACAUCUUUAACUUCACUGGGCCCUCACUGUCCAUAGACUGUGCCUGCUCAUCAUCUCUUGUGGCUCUUCAUCUCGCCUGUCAAUCCAUUAAACAAGGCGAUUGUGACAUGGCUGUUUGUGGUGGAGUCAACUGCAUCAUAGAGCCAAGAGUGUUUGUAGCUCUCAGCAAGGCCAAGAUGAUCUCACCUGAGGGGACCAGCAAACCUUUCUCCAGCAGAGCAGAUGGCUAUGGUAGAGGGGAGGGCUGUGGGGUUGUUCUCCUGAAGCCUCUGAAAAAGGCUAUACAAGAUCAUGACCAUAUCUGGGGUAUCAUCAGCAAAACAGCGGCCAACCAAGAUGGACACUCAGUGACUCCAAUCACCAAACCCUCCAUGACACAACAACAGAAGUUGUUGCAAAGAGUCUACUCAGAGUCUGACAUUGCAAAUGUCCAGUACAUAGAGGCACAUGGGACUGGAACCCCAAUUGGAGACCUAACAGAGGCAGCAAGCAUCUCAAAUGUCAUUACUAAAGCAAAACCUACUGGUUCAGAGACACUGCGGAUUGGCUCAGUAAAGAGCAACAUUGGACAUACAGAAUCUGCUGCUGGAGUGGCCGGACUUAUUAAGGUUCUCCUAAUGAUGAAGCAUGAGACCAUUGUUCCCUCAGUUUUCUACUCUGAGGAGACUGCCAGUGUAGAUGCCAAAGCCCUGAACAUUAAAGUUCCUAAGGAAGCAGAAAAGUGGGAAGCCUCCCAUGCAAGAAUUGCAGGAGUUAACAACUUUGGCUUUGGGGGUACAAAUGCACACGUCAUUGUCAAACAGUACAAACAGUCACACAUUGAGAAAAAGCAUGAUGGGAAACAGGCAAAGUAUUUUAUCAUGUCUGCAAAUUCACCAAAAUCUCUUACUCUGAUGAUGGAACACACCAUUAAACAGCUAGAAGCAGACAGCAAAGUUGAUUUAGAUUCUCUGCUGUACACGUCAGCUUGUAGGAGGAGCCAUCUAAAGCAUAAAUACAGAAAAGCUAUCGUUGUUUCAUCUGUAGUCGAUCUUAAAGAGAAGUUAAAUGCCACUGUAGGCAAAAAUAUUCGCCCAUCUUACUCAGAUCCAAGGUUAGUGUUUGUUUUUUGCGGAAAUGGCGUCACUUUCCAUGGCAUGUGCAAACAGCUACUAAAACAUGAGCCUGUAUUCAGGGAUAAGAUCAAAGAGAUUACGGAACUUUUCCAAAGACUGAGUAUGCUGAACAUCUUGGACACACUUGAGAGUGAGUUUGAGGGUAGUGACUUCAAUGACCCACAUGUUGUCCAACCACUCCUCUUUGCUAUCCAAGUUGGCAUUACCACCCUACUCAGACACUGGGGUGUCAAGCCAGAUGCAAUGCUUGGACACUCCAUUGGCGAGGUUCCAGCCGCUCACUGUUCUGGCCUCUUGACUCUUGAGGAUGCCGUAAAAGUCAUUUAUUUCCGCAGCACUCUCCAGAACAAAGUCACUGGGGGGAAGAUGCUUGUAAUCAGCAACAUGGCUGUUUCAGAGGUAACGGCUCUUCUCCCUUGUUACUCUGGUAGAAUUUGCCUUGCUGCUUUCAACAGCCCGCGGUCCUGCACCCUGUCAGGUGAUGCAGAUACAAUUGAGAGCCUUUAUAAGGAGCUAAGCACCUCAGCCAACAGUCAGAAUCUGUUCCUUCGUGUCCUGGAUGUCCCUGCUGCUUACCACAGCCACAUGAUGGACACAAUUCUGACAGAAAUUGAGGAGACAAUUGGCUCUUUACAGGUGAAUGGUCUUGACACAGAGUUGUUCUCAACAGUGACGGGCAAGGAAGUCCAGCAGGGUGAUUUCUGCACAGGGGAAUACUGGGCUAGAAAUAUACGUGAGCCAGUAGCUUUUGAGCAGGCAGUGAGGUCAGCAACUAAAGGAAAGAAAAAUACUGUGUUUGUGGAGAUAGGGCCAAGAAGGGCACUACAGAGAAACAUCAUGGAAUCUCUGGGUAAUGACACAGCUGUUCUUGCCUCGGUGCAGCCAGAGAAAGAUCAUGAAACGAUGAUGUCCGUUGUGUCUAAGCUGUUCGAACUGGGUGUCCAUGUAAAUUGGAACACCUUCUAUAGAGGAUAUGAGACAAUGCCACUGCCUAUUCCGAAAUACCAGUUUGAUUGCUCAGACAGAGAUGUUAUCAUUGGAGCAGCACAGAAAAAUACAGUGAGUAAUCAUCCGGUGCUCUGUCAGACAGGAAGUGAAAGCAACAUUUUCAGCUGUAAUCUGAUGUCUGACUCUUCUUACUACCUGAAAGAGCACAAGCACAACGGCAUACCCAUCAUCCCUGGUGCCUUCUAUGCUGAGCUGGGUUUAGCUGCAUUCAUGGCCAGUGCCAAACCAAAAGUACCGCUCAGCUCCCUGCAGCUCAGUGUCAGUUUUCACAGUCCAUUUGUUUUAACCAAGAAUUCACCUGAAAUGAAGGUUCAAUUUGAACAAACAGAGAAAGAAACUAGGUUCAUGGUACUGUCAACAUCUGCAAUGUAUGCAUCAGGCACAGUGGUUUCAAAGAAAGUGAGGCUGAUUGAGGAGCAGUGCAUUUCACUAAGCUCCAUCUACAAAAGAUGCAAAUCCGUAGUGAGCUUUCAGGAGUUCUAUGGGUAUCUCUCUCAAGGAGGCUUUCAGUAUGGAGAUGUCUUCCAGAAUAAGGCAGAUGUGCACUAUGGAGAAGAUCUCAAGGAGGCUUUUGCAAAUGUCACGGUUCCAGAAGAACUGCAGUCUCAGUUGCAUGACUACUGCAUUCAUCCUGUUGUGCUGGAUUUUCUGAUGCAGCUUCUCCCAGUUACAGUAGAGCACAUUUUUGCUGGUAGACCAGGAUUUCCUGCCAAAAUAGGAAGUUUGACAGUGUUUGAACCUUUGCAAGAUGAGAUGAUUGUCUAUCUGAGAGCAAUUGAUGUGGGCGUUGAUCAUUUUGAGAUUUGUGGCUGCUUUGCAGAUAAAGAAGGAAGAGUGUUGGUUGAGGUUAAGCAUGUGAUAAUUAAGUACCUUGGCAGUCGCUCGCAUGUGGUUGAGGAGUAUUUCUACCAUAAUGCCUUUAGUGUCAUCCCUGAAGGUGUCACACCUGUUACUCCUCCUAAGGCCUUAGUCUUCUGUGACUGUAUAGGGAUCUCUAAAGGCCUGGAACAAUAUUUGGACUCUAGGUCUAGAUAUGUUUCAUUCACACAUGCAAAAGAUAUAUUGAGCAAUGGGUUUCCUUCUCUCUUGGCAAAUCUCAAUAUAACAGAUAUUGAGAAAAACUUUGAUGAGGUCUUAUUUUUGUGGGGCAAUGCAGACCUCACUUCACUGGCAGCUGAUGUUGUUCUGCAGAAUUGUGCGAGCUGCUGUGAGACUUUCCGCCAAAUAGUCCUUGAGCUAAAGCGAAUUUCCUUCCCAAACUCAAUCAGAGCAGUCACCUACUGUUCUUCUGACAUCACAAUAGACCACAUAAGUGCAGGUUUUGCUCUCGCUGGCAUGACAAGAUCCUUUGCUGCAGAGAUACCAGAUCUUUCAUUUCAGCUGAUUGAUAUAAGCACUAUCUCUGCUAAGGACAUUGCAGCUCUGUCUGAGGUCCUAAGGUCGCAUCCUUGCAGCAAGUACCCAGAGUUGGUGGUAAAAGAUGGUCUGAUUCUUAAACCUUCCAUUGUCCGCACUCCACCUGAGCUCAAUGACCGUUCAGAGGGCCGUUUUUCCUCUACAUUGUCUGAGCCCUGCAUCAUUCAGACAGCUGAGGCACACAAGAUGACUCAACUGAGUGCCAUUCACUUUGAGGAGGAGGCCCAGCCAAUCAGGGAUACAUCAGUUGAAAUUCGGCCCACUAAGAUAUGUGUUCAUUCAUCUGAUUACUUCCCUGUCAGUGCUUCACAUCUGAAAUUUGGCCAGACACUGUACUGGAACAAACAUUCAUCACAGAAACACAAGCUACUGGCUCUUGAUUUCAGUGGUACAAUUACAGCAGUCGGAAAAGAUGUCAGGAAAUUAAAAGUGGGAGACCACGUUGCUUCCUGUUACCCCGUGGUGGCAGGCAGCAAGGUCAGAGUUCCAGAGGAUGUAUGCUACAGCACCAAGCGGUUCCCAUUCCUUCAAAAAGCACCCUGUGUAUCCUACUUUGUGCUAGCAUGGGAGAUCCUGCAUCGAGCCUUGCCUAGAGCCAAACAUAAUCUAGGAAUCAUAUCCUCUCUGCCUGAUUCUGCUCUGAUAAAAGUCUUGGCACUCACUUCUUACAAGUCAGGUUGGAAUGUGAUUGUUGGCACACAGUACAAUGGCUGUUUUGUAGAUGUCAAUCAAAUGGAUGUAUUUGUCGUCCUUCCUCCAUUUGAUGAAUCUCUGAUUGCUAAAAUUUGCAAUUUUCCAGGUGUCCAACAUGUUGUCUUCAUCUGUGAAUCUCAGAUGCAGUGUUUGCUUGCUCAGGAUAUGUUCCAAAGUGUAAAGGAAAGUGUUCAUGUGCAGACAAUUAAGAUGCCAGUCAUUUUGCAAAAGGGGUCCUUGAGUGCACAAGGGCCAUACAUUUAUCACUGGCUAAAAUCCUUGAACUUGAGCAGGAAAUUUGUUCUUGAAAGCUUUACCUUUCAGAAUGUAAAAUCUGAAAGCAGCCCAGAUUCAGAGACACUAAAAUCAUACUUUAACUCAAGGAAGCUGGCUGUUGUGGCUCUGGAUAAAGGUGGCAGCAGUACAAUGUCUGACAUUCCAUUUCUGCCAACAAAAAAACAGCUUUUCCGAAAGAGAGCAGUGUACAUAGUGGUAGGUGGUCUUUCUGGUCUGGGAUUUGAAACUGUAAAGUUCAUCUCACAAAGAGGAGGUGAGUACAUUGUCAUACUCUCCAGGAGCAAGCCCACACCAGAUGUGCAGCAAGAGAUACACAAUGUGGAGAAACAGUGUGGAAACUGCAUCACUACCAUGGAGUGUGACAUAUCUGUGUCUGAGUACGUGCACAAGGUUAUCAGUGUCAUCUGCCAGAAAUUCCCUGGUUGUCCAAUCAGAGGAGUGUUUCACAGUGCAGUUGUCUUACAUGAUGGGCUGAUUGAGACCCUUAACAGAUCUCUUUAUGAGAAGGUUCUAAAACCCAAAGUAAAUGGUGCACUGAAUUUGCACCAUGCAACACAACACUGUCAGUUGGAUUACUUUGUGUGUUACUCUUCAAUCUCAGCUUUUCUGGGAAACGCAUCACAAACAAACUAUGCAGCGGCCAACUCAUUCCUCGACAUGUUCUGUCAGUACCGGCGCAAACUUAGGUUGCCUGGACAGUCUAUCAACUGGGGAGCUCUAAACCUCGGUCUCCUUUUUAACAAGGAACAUUUCCAGCGGUUUCUGGAGGCAAAGGGAAUGAUGGUGUUGGAUGUGGCUGAGAUUCAUAAAAGUCUGGAGCAAUGCCUUGUGCUCAAUCGACCCCAACAGGCUGUUUGCAGGUUUCACUUCAGAAAUAUCAGGUACAACAUCCUCUCUCAAAAUGCAGCCUUGACCAUGCGCCUGUCCGCAUUGGUAGAGGAGGCUUUCCAAAAAUCAAAAGAGACAGUCUCUCAAAAUAAACAAGCUGAAUCCGUCUCACCAAAAGAAUAUGUUGUCUCUCUGCUUUGUGAGACCAUUGGCAUGGAUAAAAGUGAGCUGAAGGAUGAAUCACCUCUUUUAUCCUUAGGCAUUGACUCCAUGCAGGCCAUGACUCUGCAGAAUCUCAUCUUUCAGGAGAGAGGUGUGAACGUGCCUUUGGUGAAAUUAUUGGAUCCCAAUGCUACACUAUCAACAGUAGUAGCUAUACUGAGUGAAGAAGGUGAAAGUUCCAGUGAUAACCAAGAGUCUCUUCCUGUUGAAAGCACUGUUGUUGUUUCUACCAGAUUGUAAAAAUGACAACUGCAGAUACAGAAAUGUAAACAACAGUUAUCAGAACAUCAUGAUACUAAUUAAAAAGGUUUUUAUUGGAUUCAAUAGAAGGCUCAUGAUGGCCAUUGCAAUGCGACAGCAUUCUUGUCUUAAUGCCACCUGUUCAAAAUGUAUUUUGCCUAUUUUGUCUUUUUUGUAAAUGUUUGGCCCUGGAUAUUGUUUUGGUUCCUUCUGGUAUUUUAGUUUUACAUUUUUAAAACCACACAGCAUGUUAUUUUACUCACUUUUUUUUGGAGACAUGCCCAAUUUUGAAUGGAUGUUUUGUAUCACAGUUUUACUCAUUCUGUUUAGUAAUAUGUUCAUGAUGACAGUCAGCAUUUCAAUUAAAUAGACAAUUAUUGUUGAUAAAGGAUGAUUUUCAAUAGUGAAUCAUUUAUGUAAAUAGAGAAAUAAAGUUAAUGUAGGUACAUUCCUAUUUUCUUUCAACGAUUUUCAUCAUUAUUUAAAGCUCGUCUGUAAUUGUUCUGUCACAGGGU